AUGUCUGACUUAGAUAACACAUCUAAUAAAUUCGUUCCAGAAUAUAGAAGAACCAAUUAUAAAAAUAAGAGUAGAUUUACAGCUGAUGAAUUACGCCGUCGUAGAGAUAAUCAGCAAAUUGAAUUAAGAAAGCAAAAAAGGGAAGAAGCUCUAACAAAAAGAAGAAAUUUCGACCCUUCAACUAUUUCUGCAGAUUCUGAUGAUGAAGAAGAGCAUGCAAAGGCGGAUAAGGUGUUCUAUGAACAACUAACAAAUGACUUACCUGCUAUGAUUCAACAAAUUCAAUCCACUGAUAUGCAACAACAGUUGUCUGCUACUGUUAAAUUCAGACAAAUACUUUCAAGAGAAUCAAAUCCACCAAUUGAUUUAGUUAUCAAAUCUGGUGUGGUUCCAACUUUAAUUAAUUUCAUGAAUGAAAAUCAACCAGAAAUGCUUCAAUUAGAAGCUGCUUGGGCUUUAACAAAUAUUGCUUCAGGUACUUCUGAACAAACAAAAAUUGUCGUUGAAGCCGGUGCCAUUCCAUUAUUUAUUAGAUUAUUAUACACUGGUUCUGUUGAAGUUCAAGAACAAGCUAUUUGGGCUUUAGGUAAUGUUGCUGGUGAUUCUACCGAUUAUAGAGAUUUGGUUUUACAAAGUGGUGCCAUGGAACCAAUUUUGAAUCUAUUCAACACAAACAAGACCUCCCUAAUUAGAACUGCCGCCUGGACUUUAUCCAAUUUAUGCAGAGGUAAAAAACCACAACCAGAUUGGUCAAUCGUUUCAUUAGCUUUACCAACUUUAGCUAAGUUAAUUUAUUCCUUGGAUACCGAAACUUUAAUUGAUUCUUGCUGGGCUAUUUCUUAUUUGUCAGAUGGACCACCAGAAGCCAUCGAAGCUGUCAUUAAUGCAAGAAUCCCUAAGAGAUUAGUCGAAUUAUUAGACCACCAAUCUACUUUGGUGCAAACUCCUUCUUUAAGAGCUGUUGGUAAUAUUGUUACCGGUAAUGAUUUACAAACUCAGGUCGUUAUUAACUGUGGUGUUUUACCUGCAUUAAGAAAUACUUUAAAUUCUCCAAAGGAAUCCAUUAAAAAGGAAACAUGUUGGACAAUUUCGAAUAUAACUGCAGGUAAUACUGAUCAAAUCCAAGCUGUUAUUGAUGCCGACAUUAUUCCUUCUUUAAUAAAACUAUUGGAAACCGCAGAAUAUAAAACUAAAAAGGAAGCAUGCUGGGCUAUUUCAAAUGCUUCUUCCGGUGGUUUAAGUAGACCAGAGAUUAUUAGAUAUUUGGUUUCUCAAGGCUGUAUAAAGCCAUUAUGUGAUUUGUUAGAAAUUGCUGACACUAAAAUUAUCGAAGUUACAUUAGAUGCUUUAGAAAAUAUAUUGAAGGCUGGUGAAAAUGACAAGGAAGUUCGUGGUUUGAACUUCAAUGAAUUUGCUGAAUAUAUUGAAAAAGCUGGUGGUAUGGAAAAUAUAUUUAACUGUCAACAAAACGAAAAUGAAAAAAUUUAUGAUAAAGCUUACAGAAUUAUUGAAACUUAUUUCGGUGAAGAAGAUGAUGCUAUUGAUGAAAGUAUGGCUCCACAAACUGCUGGCAAUACAUUUGGUUUUGGUUCUAAUGUUGAUCAACAAUUUAAUUUCAAUUAA